UUGCCCAUAAACUAUGUUCGUUUUUUCUCUCGUUUGAAUACUGGUCUCGAAGUAAAACUAUCGUUAACAAGUGCGUCGAAAUUACUCUUAUUUUUUCGCGAGUGCUGUUAAAAUGGGAAAAAGGAAGAGAGAUAAAGAAAAAGAUGAAGUUUAUAUUAAGAAAAAGAUAAAAAAACUUCAAGAAAAGCUGCAAAGACAUUCCGUCGAACCAGAUCGCAGUUCUACUCCUCCUGUACAACCGCAGUCGAAGACUCCGCAGCAGCCGCCGACAGAAGACUCUUCACCAUCACCGGCGUCUUCACCGUUGCAUACUAGGCCACACGAUGACCCUGAUAUAAAUGCAGAAAUUGUGGACGAUGAACUCCCUGAGGAGUUCCUACUUGCUCUGGGGACUGAAGGUCAGGAACAGGCAGAAGUUGGAAACCCUAUCAGACCUGAAUUGGCCUCCCGCUGGACAAAAAUUAUGAAUGACGGCUUGGGUAAAGAGGCUAGAGAAGCAAUUGUGAAAAAAUACCCUCCACCAGCCAAUUUUUCUGCUGCAAUAGCACCGAUAAUUAAUCCAGAGAUUGCGUCUACACUCUCAGAUCCCUCGGUCAAAAGAGAUAAAAGGAUUAUGAUAAGACAGGGCUUAACAGGCACAUUAUUGUCUUGCCUAGGAAAAUGCUUAACUGACGUUUUACUAGGAAAUAUUAACUCUAAAAAGUUAAUUGAAGAAAUCAAUGACGCUGCGAAGUUGGCUGGGGAAAUCCACCACCAUGAUUCAAAUUCGAGAAAAUUCUUUUGUUUGGCUGGAGCGAAUAAAACCAUCCAAGAUGCUAUUCGUCAUCAAAAGACCGAUAAGUUUUUAUUUGGUACAGAUUGUGCUGACAAGAUCAGAGCUGCACAAACAAUCCAGAAAACUUCAAAUACUAUUAAGAACCAUCCAGAGAAAGAAAAGAAGCAGCAGAAACAAGCAGCAAAUAACAAACAGUUCAAGCAGUUAAACUGGAAGAGCCCACCACAAUACAGUCAGCAGUAUCAUCGGAUGCGUGGUGGGCAACAAUACCAUCAACCCCGGAAGCACUACAACCAGCCUCACCGGAAAGAGAGACACAGCUCCCACAAGCAGAGGUCCAGAUAUCACCGAUAGAACCUGAGGUACAUGCAGAGAUGUCCAUCCCCUACAUCGUCAUCUUACCCUGGCUGCCGGGCUGCUAUCGGCGAGGCGUACAGUAGGCGCGGAACGCCAAAAUCAGCAAUUCAGAUAAUGUUAAAUUCUCUUUCAAAUAACACGCU